AUGUGGAAGCCACCGAUAAACUUUCUCUCGUUGCAUUACGCAUGGAUUAUCAUUCUCAGCAUUUUGAGCCUGGUUAUCAUCUACCCGUAUGGCAACCUCAAGGCCAUUGAUGCCUAUUUUUCAGCAUACGGAAACGUGGGCCUCAGUCUAGGCUACCCUACCGUCUCAACAUCUCUUUCGGGAGAAUUCACAGUUUUCAGCAAACUCGUUAUCUGUGUGAUGAUGAUCAGGGGUCGUCAUCGUGGAUUGCCUUACAAGCUUGAUCGUGCUAUUGUUCUUCCAGGCAAUCGCUCAGAAGAUAAGAGGCAUUGGGAUGAGGUCCAAGCUCCGCUGAGCGAGCGGUGA